UUUGGAGUCAGAUUCCCGGUAAGCGGAAAUGGAUUGACUCGGAGAAAAAGUGCAAACGGGCUUAAAGGGCGUUGGUAACCGGGGCGCCUCUGCGUUGUUUUUUUUUGGGGGGGGAAGAAACGGUGCUCGUCUUAGCUUCUAAUAAUCGGACAUUCUAUUUUGCUUGGGAUCUUUCAGUUGGAGAAGGUCUUUGGACAUUUGUACACCAUGGAUGAGUUGGACCGCUUAUCCGCCACCGAUCAACCCCAAGCCAGCGUCCCAGAGGAGGGACCACUUGUGGUCGUCACCUUCCAAAAGGACCCUCAUCAAAUUCAUAAGUACUUGGAGUCCGAGCCCAAAGCUCUCGGGAUCUCCGAGAUCCUAUUCAGCUUGUUUCAGAUAAGCCUGUCUAUCAUCACCCUUAAUUUUGACAUCAACCUGGAGCACUCAGAAUACGCAGUCAUCGUUGGCUCUGUUUUCAUCAUGGUUGCUGGGGGUACGGCCAUCGCAGCCAAGAAUCUACAUCUGCCCACAGUGAAGGCCUGCCUGGGCCUGCAGGUGCUGGCGUGUUUGGCGUCCAUCAGCAACAUGUUCGUCUGCGCCGGCAAGAUGACAAUGGCCCCGAUACCAGAGUCUUGCUGGAUGCACGGGCACAACUCAAACAUCACCAAGACUUGUCAGAUGAUAAAUGAUGCCUACGACCACUUCAACACAAACAGCUUCCUGGUGAACACAACUCUCGUGGCCAUCAGCGCCACUUUGGCCGCCUACUGCUGCAAGGUAGUGGACUGCUGCUGCCCCAAAUCGAAAACGCCAGUGAUCACCGUCAAUGCGCCCCAGACUCAGCAGUAAUGAAGAACGUCAGGUGGACAUCAGGCUGCACCAGGACAGAGCUCAUGGAAAAGGUGGCUUUGUGCAUCAUCUGAGCGUGCCUACACACGGUGGGAUGCUAACCCAAGAAAGACAAUGUCACUGGACCAUCUCAGCCAUGUCAUGGGCAUCGUUCACAGUGUUAAUCUUGCUACCUAGUUACCUAAUACCUCCUCAUGUAAUCGUCACAUACUCUAACUAAUCUUACUUUAAGCAUUUGACCAAACACUAACACCACAUAAGUAUAAUGUGAUCAGUUAUUAUGGUACAUAAUUAACUAACUCAAUUAUAAGGGUGCAUGAGUAACACCAAUGACUUCUUACAUAAUGAAACCAGCAUCAAAACGUUUACAUUAGUAACAGCAUACUGUGAUACAGCAAAAUAUACUGCUUUAUUCUUAACUAAUAAAAUGCUAUAUCUGCCAU